GCAAUUGUAAUAGGCCAACAAGCUCUUCAUUAUAAGUUUCUUGAUCAAACAUUCAGAAAUCUCUCUCAGGAAGAAGAAUUCUUGUAAAUCAAAUAUUCAAACAAGUAUGAGGAGGAACUGCAACUUGGAACUUAGCCUUCUACCGACUUCUUCGGCUUAUUUUUCAUCUUCGGGCACCGAUUCCGAUCACCAACAGAGGACGGAAAAGCUAAUCAGUCAUGAAAGUAGUCCAAAUACUUCUAAUCAGCCUCUCACCAUUUUCUACAAUGGAAAGAUUUGCGUCUGUGACGUCACAGAUUUUCAGGCUAGAGCCAUACUAUUGCUUGCUAGUGGAGAAAUGGAGGAAAGAGUAAAGACGCCGACGAGCAUGCAGUCGCCGGUGUAUAGCCCGACCCCUGCUCUUUCGAUGAAGAGGUCACUCCAAAGGUUUCUCCAGAAACGGAAGAAUCGCGCUCAGGCCGUGUCUCCAUACCACCGUUGAAUAUUAUAGUUUAGACGACUGUUUGGCUUUGUCUUUGAUUUUCGUUAAUUAUUUAUCGAGGAAAAAAUUUGGUCUUGUAAACAUUGUCUAGCUAGGAAUUCUUGGCAUAUACAACUCUGAAGCGCGCGGCUUGUAAAUUAUAUGUGAAUCAUAAUUUCAAGGUUUAGAUUUGAAUUUUGUUUC